UUUACUUCACUCCAAACUAUUUGAAAAUUGCGUUUUAGUGCUUUUGCAGUUGAGAGGACAUAUUUAACACACUACUGUCAGUAAAGUCUUCGGCCUUGUUCGUCUUCUUCAGCUCCUCCUCCCAGCUUUCUUCUGCUCAAAGGAAAAGAAAAAUCAUGCACUAGAGUCAGAGAUGGAAACUGAAUCAUUAGCAGCAAGUUGAAGGGAAGAGAAGAGGUUGUGCUUUCUGUAAAAAAAGGAGGAUCAUUGUCUCAUGAAUGUGUAUACUGAUAUACACUAGGACCUCUAACUUUGUACUGAAAGAUUGGAUUCCAUGGUGAAGAAAACAGCCAAAGCCAAUUUGCUAGCAAUAGCCACCUCCUUCACUUUCCUUCUCUUUUAUCCUACUCCAAAAUCCUCCUACCACUCUCUCUUCAUCUCCAAUUCGCUUUCAGACAAUGCCUCCAUAUCUCACCACCUCUACACCCUCACCCGCCGGCCCCAUGUGGCAGGCCUUGAAGCCAACGCCGAGGCUGCAGCUUAUGUCCUCUCCGUUUUCGCUUCCUCCAAUAUCAAAUCCCACAUUGCCUCUUACCGUGUGGCCUUGCAUUAUCCGGUGUCACGCUCCUUAACACUCACGCCGUCACCACAAGAAUCCCCUAUCAGUUUCCGUCUUGAGCAAGAAAUCUAUGAGGGUGAUCCUUAUGCUGAUGUAGCACAUGAAGUCCUGCCCACUUUUCAUGCUUAUGCAAAGUCAGGAAAUGUCACUGCCCCUGUGGUUUAUGCCAAUUACGGACGUUCAGAGGACUAUGCAAGAUUAGAACAAAUGGGAGUAAAUGUUUCGGGUUCGAUUGUGUUGGCAAAGUAUGGAAAAAUUUAUAGAGGGGGCAUUGUGCAGAUUGCAUAUGAGGCAGGUGCUAUAGGGGUUCUAGUGUAUUCAGAUAGGAAGGACUAUGGCGGUGGUGGAUGUGGGGCAAAGUGGUUUCCAGAUGAUAAGUGGUUGCCACCAAGCGGGGUUCAAGUGGGAACAGUUUACAAUGGACUUGGUGACCCAACCACACCAGGAUGGGCAAGUACUGAAGAGUGUGAGAGGCUUUCAGAUGAGGAGGUGGAGAAGUCAGGGGAUGUUCCAUUGAUUCCUUCACUUCCGAUUUCAGCAGUAGAUGGAGAAACCAUUUUGAGGUCUAUCGGAGGGCCAGUUGCAGAUGAGGAUUGGCAAGGGAGUGAAGAUGCCCCAACUUAUAACGUUGGACCAGGUCCCGGGAUUGUUCAUCUCAGUUACACAGGGAAGCAAGUCAUAGGGAGAAUUGAGAAUGUGAUUGGUGUCAUAGAAGGAGCAGAGGAACCUGACCGAUUGGUCAUUCUGGGUAAUCACCGGGAUGCAUGGACAUUUGGAGCCGUUGACCCAAAUAGUGGCACUGCAGCACUGCUAGAGGUUGCCCAAAGAUUAGGGAAGCUGCAGAAAAAAGGGUGGAAACCUCGACGUACGAUUGUCUUGUGCAAUUGGGAUGCAGAGGAAUACGGCCUGAUAGGAUCAACUGAAUGGGUAGAAGAAAACAGGGAAAUGCUAGCUUCAAGGGCUAUUGCUUACUUGAAUGUUGACAGUGGAGUACACGGUCCAGGAUUCUUCGCCUCCGCAACUCCGCAUCUUGAUGAACUGCUUAAACAAGCUACUCAACAGGUUAAAGACCCAGAUAACUCAUCACAAACUCUUUACCAAUCGUGGGUUGGUUCCAGAACUUCGCCUAAGAUUGGCAGGUUGGGAAGUGCAGGAUCAGAUUUUGCAGCUUUUGUUCACCAUCUUGGAAUUCCGGCAACUCACAUGGCCUUCGGCGAAGGAUACCCGGUGUACCAUUCAAUGUAUGAUGACUUUAUAUGGGUGCAGAAAUUUGGUGAUCCGAUGUUUCAUAGGCAUGUUGCAGUUGCAAGUGUAUGGGGUUUGGUAACUCUUUGGCUCGCAGAUGCAGAACUUUUGCCUUUUAAUUAUCUCUCGUACGCAAUGGAGCUACAGACUUAUGCGAAUGACUUGGAAGAUGAUAUUUCGGACACAAACAUAAACCUAACUCCUCUGUUGAAGUCCAUUGAAGAGCUUAAAAGAGCAGCCACAGAAAUAAACAACCAAAGAAGGGAAAUAGAACAAAACAAAGGUUGGCAGUUGACAUGGAAGAAACAUCAUUUGAAGGUGAGAGAGCUGAAUGACAGACUAAUGAUAGCAGAGCGUGCAUUUACAGAUCAAGACGGACUAUUUGGAAGGUCGUGGUAUAAGCAUUUGAUUUAUGGGCCUUCGAAGUAUGACGACUAUGCGUCGGAAUCCUUCCCUGGCAUAUAUGAUGCUAUUGCAAAGGCGAAAAUUUCGAACACCGCAGAGUCAUGGAAAUUUGUACAGCAUGAAGUUUAUAGGGUCUCCAGAGCUGUGAAACAUGCAUCACAAGUCAUCAAUGGCGAACUAACAUGACAAACAUCAGUAACAAACAACUACAUGUAUUUCCCCUACUUCCAAUCAAACACGUGUGAAGUUUUCGUAUUUUGUAAAUGUGUUCGAUGUGUUUGUCACUGAAAUAUUGCAAACAUCUUGUGAAAAAUAAUGAGAGGAGAGAGAGAGAGAGUACCACGCACUUUGAAGUGAGAUAAAAUGAAAAUGCUACAGAUCAAUGUAAAUAUGUCGGUUGGAGUAGUAGUUGGCCUCCAAUAAAUAUUGAGAGUUAAAUAUCUCAACCACACAACAUCUUGAUAGUUGGUUGUCUUCAAUUGGAAAAGAGACUUUUCAGUGUA